GCACGUAGCGCAAGGACAGAGCCGUGUGAAGCCGCGCGAGGUGAGGACGGGCAGUCAGUUCGGGCAGUCAGUACGGCGCGAGAAACGUGAGAGAGAAGGCGGUAGUGCACACGCGCGCGCAUACUUCAGCACCGCAAACACAGCGCAGAGAGAUCACUUGUGUUUGUUUGCUCUGUCAUCGUUUGUGCGAUUGUGUUGUUUUCGUGUUUGUGUGUGUGUGACUGAAUAGCACCCUGCGUCAUCGACACAAGUGUGCGAGGAAUUACUGUUAUCAGUAGAUUCGGUCGCCUUCCCAAGGCGUUAUCUUUCCAAGCAUUGCAAGUGACAAGCAUAUUUACUGAUAAAACUGGAAGACUCGUUUAGAAAAUCAGCCCGAGCAGCCUCCUUCCCCUCGAAAGGGAAAACAAACUAGGUAGGCCAACAACGCCCCCUGCGCCCUCGCCGCCAUGGAAUCCUCGGCCGCCGCCCUCGUGUCGGAGAAGAGCUUGAGCAACCACAGCCUCGAAGCCUUCGGCAGCAGCGACAGCGACGGCACCAUUAACGGCUCCUCGGGCCAGGGAUCUCAGCUGCUGGUCCACUACCCUCGGCCCGCCACCGUCUUCGCUGCCGUCGCCAGCAUCAUCUUCAUCAUCGUGGGCAUAGCCGGUAAUUUAGUGACCAUCAUCGCCCUCAGCAGGAGUGUCAAGUUAAGGGUUCACGCCACCACCGCCUUUGUCAUCAGCCUGUGCGUCUCGGACUUGCUGUUCUGUUCCAUCAACCUUCCCCUCACCGCCUCCAGGUACAUCCACGAAGCCUGGGUGCUCGGAGACGCACUCUGUAAGAUCUUCCCGUUCUUCUUCUACGGCAACGUCGCGGCGUCACUCCUCAACAUGGUCGCCAUCACCAUCAACAGGUACAUCCUCAUCGCGCACCACGGCCUCUACGACCGCGUGUACCGCCGCCGCUACAUCGGGCUGAUGAUCGCCUUCGUGUGGCUCUUCUCCUUCGGAAUGAUGGUGCCCCCGCUAGCCGGCGUCUGGGGGAAGCUGGGGCUGGACCCCCCCUCCUUCUCCUGCACCAUCCUCAAGAACAACGGCUCCUCGCCCAAGAAGUUCCUGUUCCUCUUCGGCUUCCUCCUCCCGAUGAUCGCCAUCAUCGGCUGCUACUCGGCCAUCUACUACAAGGUCCGCCAGUCACGCCUGAACCUCGCCGCCCACAGUGCCAACAGUUCCACGCCGGGCGCCAAGACCAACUCGUCCGCGUACGGCGCCCAGAUGGCCCGCAAGGAGGACCUGCGGCUCACCAGGAUGAUGCUCACCAUCUUCCUCUGCUUCCUCAUCUCCUUCCUGCCGCUCAUGAUCGUCAACGUCGCCGACGAUGACGUUGCCGUGCCCUCCCUGCACGUGCUGGCCUCCGUGCUCGCCUGGGCCUCCGCCGUCGUGAAUCCCUUCGUGUACGCCGUGACCAACCGCAACUACCGCACGGCCUACCGGAAGUUAUUUUGUACCCGUCGGAGCAAGCGCACGGGUCGGGCCUCAAAUUCGCAUUCCAAAAGCAACUCGUCACGCACUUUCAUUACUGACUGCCAAUACCACGCCUCGACAGGUCAGGUCACCAGCCCUGUCCUCUCUUGCCCUUCCCCUGAGGUGUGA